AACCAUGGAUUCACAGAGAGCUGUCUUCGACAGUGUCAAGACCGAGAAAGCCAAUGCCAUGAGACGUUACCGGUGGCGCCAGAACCUCCGGUGGUUCUUGAAGGCGUGUCUGCCACUUGCGCCGCUCUCUUACGUACUCUGCCUCGAGGCUCCCCGCCAAGUCCUUAUCGCCGUCUUCAGCAGCAACCUCUGCGUUUUCUUGCUUUUCAAUGCCUUGCUUGUUGUCACGUGUGUUUUGUCCGGUGAAAGUCUCUCCGGCAGCGACAACUCUGGAGGAGAUGCGGAGCCGGAUAUUUACGAUGAGUACGUCGCCAACGUGGAUUUUACUCGCCGGAGUGGUGGCCUCACCACCGGAUUGAAGGAGUUAGCCGGUCCGGAAGGUGAGGAGGAUUUAGUGAACGGCAAAGAAGUGGGAUGCGUUGUUCCUAGCCGGAGUAUGUUUCUCGGAUAUGAGUCUAUGGCGGAAAGAGAUACGACCACGUUGCCGGCGGAUAUUUCAAACUUUAGAAGAACUGAAUCUGAUGAGAAUGUGAAUGUGGAGUUUCUGCUUCCGGUCUGUGAAGACAAAGCGGUUACAGAAAGUAAAAUUGUGGUCUCUCCGGUUUCCGCAGUUACUACAAAAACUAGUGGUCGCGGUAAGGAAAGCGAAAAGGUGAAGAGUUACCGGAGGACACAUUCGGAGAGUUUCAAGAAGGAGAGGAGGGAGCCUAAGAGGGGUUUGCAGCGAUCAGUAACAGAGAAGCACCGGAAAAAUGAGCCGGACAGGCGGUGCUCGGUGGAGGAGUUGUCCGAUGAGGAGUUCCAGCGUCAAGUUGAAUUAUUCAUUAAUUCCAACAAGAGGAUUCAGAUGCUUGAGAACAGAUAAAUGAAAUAAACAGAGUGCUUCUGUUUGUUUUGUUUAUUCUAGUACAAAUUUAAAUAAGUAGUGAAGGAGGUAAUUUGCUGGUAAUAUUUCACUGGUAAGUUAUAAUCUAAGUAUAAUCUAGUAGCAAGUGGCCUGUUUUACAAGGCUUAGAAGAGACAUCGUGCGCAUCAUCAUCAUCAUCAUGUAUUUUUACCAUCGUCUCAAUCUCUGAGAUUAAAAGUAAUCAAAAUCCUAUGCAGUU